AUGAGUAAACUCAACAAUAAAAUUGCACUCAUCACUGGUGCUUCCGAAGGUAUUGGUUUAGCCAUUGCACAACAAUUUAUUAUUGAAGGUAUAGAACAUAUUUUCAUUACUGGACGACGACAACAGACACUUGAUGAAGCCAUAAGAAAGAUUGGCAGUACAAAUGUAACAGCUAUACAAGCUGAUGUAUCAAAUUUAGCUCAUCUCGAUCAUCUGUAUGAUGUCAUUCAAAAACAAAAAGCUCAUCUAGAUAUUAUUGUGGCCAAUGCAGGCGUCAGUUUACUCUCAUCAUUGGAAGCAAUUACUGAACAACAAUUUGAUGAAACAUUUNGAAGGUUUUGGAAUAGAUCUAAUUACCGUGAUGUUUGA